AGGGGUGCAGCCCCCGGAAGAGCUCCAAGUCCCCCAUGGAGGCGGGCAAGGCGGCGCUCAGCCCCCGCCCUCCCCAGGAACACUCCGGCCUCAAGUCCCCACGCUCGCCAAAGUUCUUUUCCAGCUCGCGCAGCCCCGGGGGGGAGCGGGGCAGGGACUGGCCCCGCGCCGCCUCCCCGCCUGCCAGGGACCACCCCCACGGCGCCGCCGACAGCCCCGCCUGCCCCGAACCCCCCGCCCCCCCGCCCGGCCCCGGCCCCAGCCCCGAGGCCUGCCUGGAGGGGCGCGAGGCGGCGGCAGGAAGCGCGGCGGGGCAGGACGCCCCCGCGGUGGAGGGAGGCCAGGAGGGGGAGGGGGGAGUGGUGUCCCCGCGGAGAAGCAGCAGGCGGGGCAGGGAGCCCCCUCUCUCACCCCCUGCCCCGCCCCACCACGCGCCGCCCCCCGUGCCCAGGACCAACACAACACUCUCAGGGGCCCCAGGCGGGGCAACCCCCCCCCUCAGGCAGCUGCCAGCCCCCCCUUCCCAGGGCCGGCACCCCCCCACCACCUUACGACAACCAGCCGCUCCCCCUGGGGGAGGGCGGCGCCGAGGAGGCCUCCCCCCUGGCCUCCCCCGGCAGCAGGAGGCGAGGCGCCCCCCGCCGCGGCCCCGGACUCACCGGCACCCGCGGGCGUGGGUGAGGAGAGUCACUGCGAGGGCUUGGCGGCGGCGGCGGCGGCGGCGACAGCGGCGGCGGCGACGGCGGCGGCGGCAGCGGCGGCGGCGGCGGCGGCGGAGGCGGCGGCGGCGGCGGCGGGCGGGGGCGGGGCGGGCAAGGGGCGGGGCAAGGGCAAGGCCAAGGGCAAGGCCAAGGGGAAGAAGAAGAGCCUUGGGCGUGGGCGGGGGGCAACAGUGCUUCCAAACACCACCACCACCACCACCACACCACACCAGUGUCUCGCUGUACCUGACCACGCCCCCCGCCACCCCUCCCCGCCCCGGCCCCCGCCACACACCCCGCCCACGCCCGCGCCCGCCCCCAGCCCCGCCCCGCCCCCGCAGGAGCAGGAUUCUCAGCAGCGGGGCAGGACAGACGUGGAGGCGCGGGGCGGCAGUCCCGGCCACGGCCUGGCCAGCCCCAAGGUGGAGGCGAGCCCCGGGGCCGCCGCCUCAGGACCCGCCCCGCUCCGGCCAAGCAUGAGGCCAAGUGUGAGGCGCCGCUCCCCCAGGGCCUCGCGCCGCUCCCGCCCACGCCCCCGGCCACCGCCACCACCCCGCCCGCCGAGGCUGUGGCCCCCAGGGCGCCGCAGCCUAAGGUGGAGCCGUGCGACCCCAAGGUGGAGCCCCCGGACAGCAAGUACGACCUGGGGCAGGAUGUCCCCGCCCCCCCAGGUGGAGGUGAAGCCCCUGGAGGCCCUGGCCACCCCCGCGGCGCAACCUGCCUCCCCGCCCCCGCCCCCCCCAGGCCAGCACAAACAUGACCACUCAGGAACACCCCCCCGCCCCGAGGCACCGCCCCCUGCCCCGCCCCCGCCUGCCGCCCCCGCCCAGGGCGAGGCGGACGUGGACGCCGAGACCGUGGAGAACAUCGCACGCUUUCUGGAGGAGACCGCGCCCGCCGCGCCCGGCGCCAGCGGCGAGGCGGCGCCCGCCUCCACGCCCGCGCCCGGGCCUGGUGCGGGCGAGAGCUACGCGGAGCGGCGGCCGAAGCGCGCGUCGCGGCCGCCGCGGGAGGGCGCCAUGACGGACCUGCUGCUGCUGCUGCACCUGGAGGAGGAGGAGGAGAGCGAGGAUGAGGACUACGUGCCGGGCCAGGCGGCGCUGCCCGGCGACAGCGGCCAGGACUCUGACGACCCCGACGCCGAGGACGACUCAGACGACCCCGAGGACGACUCCUCCAGCGACGAGGACGGCGCCGCCCCUGCCCCCGACCCCGCCCCCGGCCCUGACCUCGACCCCGGCCCCGCACAUCGCCCCGCCAAGCCCGCUGCCGCCCGCCACAAGGGCCUCAAGAAGGGCGGCAAGAAGGGGCGCGGCGAGGGCGCGCGGCGCGGCAAGGCGCCCAAGGUGAAGCCCAAGGGGCGGGGACGCGGCGAGGAGGGCGAGGUGGGGCGCAGGAAGGGCGCGGGCGCGGAGCGGCGUGGGGAGCGCGGCCCCAUGGUGCGUGUGUGCCGCGAUGGCAGCGGCAGGGAGGCCGUGGUGAACACGUGGCGCCGCGCCGAGGAGGAGGAGGCGGGCGUGGGGGGCGGCGCGGGGGGGGCACGGGGGCGGCAGCAGCCUGCCGUUCUACUGCAGGAUGGAGGCGCGGCAGAAGGCGGCCAAGGUGGCUACACCAGCACGCUGCACACCAACUACGACGCCUUCGCCAAGGACACCUCCUGGUUCUGUGCCUUCUGUCGCCGCUACAGCCACGCUGCGGCGCUCGGCGACCUCUACGGCCCAUACUUCCUGCAGGGGCCCCGCGCCAUCCUCAAGAAGUCCUUCCCCAACGUGGUGGAGGGCGGUGGUGGAAGCCGCGCCCCCCGCGCCGCCCCCUGCUCCCCAGGACGCCGCCGCGCACCCAGCCCACCCCCAGGGCCCCGCAGCGCGUCAAGAAGCGCACCCCGCGCAGGGAGUCUGCCUCAGACGCCCCGCCCCUGCCCAAGGGACGCACAAGUAGCCACCCCGGACUGGCAUCUCCCACCUCCACCACCCCUCCAACCCACCACCACCGGCACCACCACCACCACCACCACCACCCCAGUACUGGAAGUGAAGCCAGAACCUUCUAUACCAACUUCAGGAGCCAGUCACCACCCGGGGGUACUCGAACACCCCUCUGGAACAGAGUGUUGGGUGCACGAGGCCUGUUUGGUGUGGGCUCCCGGUGUCCAUGUCAGUAACAGUAAGCUGUGUGGGCUGGAAGAGGCUGUUACAGUGGCCCAAGACAGUGUGUGCCAGCAGUGCCAGGAGGGGGGCGCCACAGUGGGGUGCCUCGGGAAGGGGUGUACAUCUGUCUUACAUGUCCCCUGCGCUGUAAAUUUGAAAUGGACUCUUGAUCUUCAAACUUUCAAGUCCCUAUGCCCAAAACACACUGUGUCAAAAUAGAGAUGGAUCACGGUUCGGCCCUGCGGCAUUGCGUCCCGCAGCAUGAAGAUACAAAACAAACAAAAAAAUAGUGUUGUGAGAGAGAGAAAGAAAGAAGAAACGAGAGAUUGUGAGAGUGAGAGAGAAAGAGAGAGAGAGAGAGAGAUCCCAAGAUAAAAUAAAAAAAAAUAAUAAAAUCUCAGUUUAAUUUUGCAGUUGUAAUAUAAUUGUAAAUAUAAUGUUUUGUAUUUUUGCCCAUUGUAUGUAUGUGUGUAUGUGCGUAUGUGCUUGCGUGCGUGCGUGUGUGCGUAUGUCUGCCCGCCCGCCCGCCCGCGUGUGUGACCGUCAUGUUUUAUGCAAAGAACAUUCAAGAACGGAAAAAAAAAUAAAUAAAAUAAAAUAAAAAG